GCAGGGGAGGCAGCAGCAGCAGCAGCAGCAGCAGCAGGAUGUUGGUGCCCAGCACUGUGGUCUGCAGCGGGGGGCAGCUCUCGGGUGCCCACCUGGGCUGCCAGGUCCGGGAGGAGGACGUGGGCAGGCACGAGAGCUUCAGCGCCGAGUGGCUGGACCUGGAGCUCAGCACCAGGCCUGAGGAUGGGUGGUGCCGGCGGGAGGUGGAUCGGCAGCACCGGGAGACGCUGGAGCAUCGCGGGGAGGUGCGGGUGCUGCAGCAGCGCUCGCCCUGGGGGCUGCUGAGGGUGGGGGUCCUGGGGCAGCCUCUGGCCCAGCACCUCCUGCCCUAUGCCCGCACCCUCCCCCUGCCCCUCUUCGCCCCCCAGGACCUCCGUGGGGCCAAGGCCGGGGUCCCCCGCACCCUCUCCCGCUCCCUCUCCCAAGAGGCCCAGAGGGGCUGAGGGUGAUGGGGGGGUCGGGGAGGGGGUCGGGGGGGACACGAAGCUGAUGGAGGGGGUGGCAGGGGGGAUCCAGACACCUGGGUCCUCUCAGCCACCCUGAAAAGGCAGCACAGGAGGGUGGGGGCAGGUGGGGGUGGGCUCUCCCCGGGGGACCCCACCCCGCAGCAGGCAGGGAGGCAGCCGGUGGGGACGGGGCACAGGUGGCUCAGGGGGAUCCUGGCAGCACCGAGCGUGACUCAGUUUCCCUGGCAAAGAGAAGGGGGUGUGAGUGUGGGAAGUGCUGAGAUUCCCCUGGGGCUGAGCAGGUUCCUGGGGGGUGUGUAAAGGGGGGGGGGGCAGUGGGGUUGUACAAACCGUGGGCUUUGUACAGCAAUAAAGUGCCCAGCUUGGCCUGGAGGAUUUUC